UGAGUGCAAGAGCGCCGUGCUCAGACGUAAAUAGGCGGCUCCUGAAAAGGAAGUCUCAUUACGUGCGGGGUCUGUUUCACGCCUCGAGCACUCCCUCCUCGUCUCUCUCCUUACCCAUCCACCAUGUUCUCCUCUCUCUGGUCAGGCGCGACGAGCGAUCCAAACGCGCCCAACUUCCAUCCGGUAUCCUCGAGGGUACCUCCGUCGGAGUUGUUUGGUGAGCUCGAGCCAACGGACACGGAAUGGCUCUGCACGGCGAGCGGUUUCGUGACGGAGACCCAGACGUGGUAUAACACACUGGAAGAUGGCACGAGCGUGAUGGUCCAGGUCAUUCACUCAAGCGUGGGCGUUUGGUAUCCUACGAUCCAGCUCACGAGCAAGAUCUUCAACCCGAAUACAAAGGAGAAGCUAUGGAGAUCCGUCAAUGUCUCCAACUUCGUGUCUCCCCCUCCUGGUCUUGACAAGCGGUCGAGCAAGUCUGACCAGUUCACGAUCACCCACAAGUCCCACACUGACUCUGAGUAUCCCGAGAGCUACACGAUCAACGCGAAUCUGUCCGACGAUCUCCAAAUAUCUCUGGAGGUCAAGCGUCCUGCAUCCGUUCCUGGCUUCAAGGUCGGGAAGGGCCCCAAGGGCGGCUACUCGUACUUUGGUGUGGACCCCGAGAAGCCUGAGGGAUAUGUCAUCCACCGCUUCUGGCCGCGCGAUAUGGGCUCGGGGCACAUCAUCCACAAGGGCCAGGCUACCCCGAUCCAAGGUCCGGGUAUGUUCGUGCAUGCCAUCCAGGGCAUGCGACCCAACCUCGUGGCCUCUCGCUGGAACUUUGCCAAUUUCCAGAGCGAGGAGCACGGCGGCGUCAGCGCGAUCCUGAUGGAUUUCACCACCACGGAUGCUUACGGCCGAAAGGGAGCUGGGUCCGGGUUUGUUACCGUUAGCGUCGGUUCGCUGGUUCUUGGGGGCAAGCUGGUCCUUGUGACGGGGGAGACGAAGUGGCCCGACGAGGCGGUCCCAGAGGGUGCGGGCGUCAUGUCACGAGCGGUACAUUUAAACCCUGUUCACGACCCGGAUACUGGCUACGACGCGCCGACGGAGAUAGUAUAUCGCUGGGGAGGUCCAUCAGUCGUGCCAGGCAGUGAGGGUGCGGUGGAUGCCACUCUGCAGGUACCCCUCGGCGAACCGAGCAACUACAAGGGGUUGGUCGAGAAGGUAGACGUGCUGGCGGAGAUCCCCUAUGUCCUGAAGACAGUGGUCAACUAUGUUGCGGGGACGAAACCGUAUAUCUACCAGUGGCUGAACGACGCGCAGCUGGUGGUCAAGGGGCCCGAUUCCGUCUUGCCGGGGUUGUCGGAAGGCAUCACUGUGGGGGGGAAGAUGUAUAACGAAGCGACGUUCAUCUCGUAGUCUGUGUAUCUCGCUCUGAUGCCUUGCAGCUGUAUCAUACGGUGCCGUCGAAUAAUUACAAAGCAGGCGGUGGAGUAGUGUAUUAAGAAGA